ACAAGCUCUUGUGUGUGAAGUUUUGAAUGGCAAGCUCAACUUCCAUACUUCAACCCAAGAAACUCUCUCUUUUAAUCCUCAACAUAUCCUUUCUCUUCCUCUUGUGUCUCUCUCUCAUCACAACACAUCUCCAUUCUCUCUCUCAUCACAGCUCAGGCUUACUGGGCCAAUCCAAUAAUACAAAUCUCAGUGAGAUCAAACUAGUUGAUGGCUGCACAAAUCUCCAUGAACACACAGAUUAUGAAACCAAGUGCCUGUAUGUCAAAACACAAACAGGUUGCAGGCCUAAAGGAGAGCUUGUCCAAAAUCUUGAAGCUCUCUCCUACCAUAGCCGGAGUCACCCUCCUCUCCCUCGGAAACGGGGCCUCCGAUGUCUUUUCGAGCAUCGUUUCUUUCACGAGAUCCGGUGAUGGUGAUGUUGGCCUCAACAGUGUGCUAGGGGGUUCCUUCUUUGUGUCCAGCAUUGUGGUAGGAGUUAUUAGCAUACUAAUUAGCCCUCAACAGAUUUCAGUUGAUGAGGCCAGCUUUGUUAGAGAUGUGAUCUUCUUCUUAUUCUCUCUCUCAUCUCUUCUUGCAAUCAUUGUUAUUGGAAGGAUCAACUUGUGGGGUGCCAUUUCUUUUCUUGCUAUUUACUUUGUUUAUGUUGGCACAGUUUCAGCCACUCAAUUAUACAAAAGGAAAAACAGAGAAUUGUUAGGGGACAGGUUUUCAACAUCUCUUGCUGCUUCAAAGAAUUUACCAGUGCUACAAAGCUUUGAUGACUUAGGAGAUAGUACUAGUACACCAUUACUAGGCUAUGUUGAUGAGGAUAAACCUAUUUUCGACACGAAUUCGAAAGCCAGCCUUGAUGUUCAUCAAGAACAAAAUUCAGGGUUUUCUUAUUUGGGAACAUUGAUUUAUAUCUUGGAGUUGCCUCUCUACUUGCCUAGAAGAUUGACCAUACCUGUUGUGAGUGAAGAAAGAUGGUCCAAGCCAUAUGCAGUUAUUUCUGUAACUUUGGCACCAGUUUUGCUGGCUGCCCUUUGCAACACACAGAGGGAGAAUCAGAGCUCAAGAGGUAAAUUAGUAACAUACAUGACAGCAGGGCUGAUUGGGUUGGUUUUGGGCAAUCUUGCAUAUGUGACCACAAAAACUUGGGGCCCACCAAAGAAGUGCUUGUUCCCUUGGCUUGUUGGUGGGUUUUUUAUGAGUGUAGCUUGGACUUAUAUUAUUGCUGAAGAAUUGGUCUGUUUGUUAGAAUCAUAUGGGAAUAUAUUGGGGAUUAGCCCUUCAAUUCUAGGACUUACUGUCCUAGCUUGGGGUAACUCCCUUAAUGAUUUGAUUGCUAAUGUUGCUAUGGCAGUGAAUGGUGGGCCAGAUGGGGCCCAGAUUGCUAUUUCUGGCUGUUAUGCGGGUCCCAUGUUUAACACAUUGGUGGGAGUGGGCAUCUCACUGGUUUUCUCAUCUUGGUCUGAGUAUCCAUCCUCCUAUGUCAUUCCCAUUGACCAUUCUCUCUAUGAAACGAUAGCGUUUUUGAUGGGUGGCUUGCUGUGGGCCCUUGUGAUUUUGCCCAAGAAGGAUAUGAAGCUGGAUCGUUAUAUGGGGAUUGGCCUUGUCGCAAUUUACUUGUGUUUUCUCUUUCUCAGGAUGGCCAUGCUCUUGGUCUUUUGAAUUUUAAUUUCAUGUCUCAUUCAAAAUGGGUCAUUGUCGCAAGUUUAUAGUAACUUCCAUUAUUAAUAUACAUACAUUUUAGGUAAA